AUGUCUCUUUUCGGGCAGACGACUAGCACGUCGCUCUUUGGCCAGCCUGCCCAGCAACAACAACAGCAGCAGCAGGGCACCACCACACAGACGCCCAGCACGGGAGGCGGACUUUUUGGAGGCGGCGGAGGCCUUUUCGGCGGCGGACAACAGCAGCAGCAGAAGCCUGGGGGCCUCUUUGGACAAACGCAGACCCAGCAGAGCACGCCUCAGACUGGCGGUGGUCUGUUCGGGUCUGCCGCGACGACACAGCCGAGCUCGGGCGGUUUGUUUGGGCAGACGACGGCUCAGAACCAGCAGACUUCCACGACCGGUGGCCUGUUUGGGAACCAGCAGAAUGCCUCACAGCAGCAGAAGCCUUCGCUCUUUGGCGCCUCAACCCUGGGCGGUGGCACCACGGCUGCGAAGCCAUCGCUCUUUGGAGCCACGACGACGACUCCCGCUCCGGCUCAGCAGAGCAGCGCCACGCCUUUCUCCAGCACCCUUCUGGGCGGCGGCGGCGGCGGCGGCGGCGGCCAGACGCUGGCCACUCAAAAUCCCACCAACGCGACGACCUCUGCAGCUCAGCCCGCCGGCGCCUACUUUGACAGCCUCUUUGCAAAGACCAUCAAGGCCGGCGUCGUAAACUCCAACAUGGAGGAUCUCCCGAGUCUGGAGCUGGGUCUGGGCGACUUGCGCCAUCGACUGAGGAAGCUGCAGUCGAAGCAGACCGAGAGGGCCGAGGGAAAGGCUCACUACUUGCUUGCCGCCUCGGGCGUGGAUCCCAGCACUGCAGCCAAGGAUCUCGGCUUGCUCGACCUCCAGGGCGCGCGAACCGAACGACCAACACACGGCUUCGCCCCGGCUGAUGUCGACGUCGAAACAUAUCUGUCGAACCUGCAGACGAAGACGACCCUGAGCAUGAUCCAAGACGGCCUCGAGCGGUCACUCCGCGAUUUUGACAACUUCCUGGAAGACAAUGUGGCGAUGGAAUGGGACGCGCAGCGGAAGCGCAUCUAUCAGCACUUUGGCAUCAAGCCUCGCGAGACGUCGACCACAGCGGGUCGGGAGGCUCAGGGCGGAUUUGGACGGUCGCGGCGAAAGUCGCAAGCAAACGUCCCCCGUGACUCUCGCAGCAGCGCAUUCGGCAGUUCGACUUUCCAACGCUCCGUUAUUGGAGCCCCGUCCAGAAUCGGAGCUCAUCAGCCAGAGUUUUCCGAUGUCGACCGGUCUGCGGACGGCGCUGGCAAGUCUAGGAACGAGGACCAGGCCCUUCGCGAACGCCAGUCUAAGCUCGCUGAGAAGGUCCGCAGCCUCAACUCUUCGCGUCUGCUUGGUCGGCCGUAUCCCCUGUUGGCAGAGCUGGCCGAGGUUGAGCAGAAAUCUCACGAGCCCCACGCGCCUCACGUCGUGGAGGCUUACCGGGCCAUGAUUGAGAUUGUUGGUGAGGAUGCCGAAGCCGAGACGGGCCUCAGCAGCAAAACGGCCAAGGAACGCCAGUUUGCCGAGAUGUACUUGGACGAGAAUCCCAAUUCCCAGCGUUCAGUCGACAUGAGGAGGCGCAUCCUAAGCGGCGCCAACGCCUUCCUCGAGAAGCAGUUCCUUCGCGAGGUGGAAUCCCUCAUUGCCAAGCACCCUCACGAGGCCAAACUUGGCGGUCUGCCCGACAUUACCAGCAAAAUCAAGGCAUAUAUCCGUCUCCGGUCGGCUCGAAAGGACCUGGUCCCGGAUAACACGGAGCUUCAGCAGAUUCACGGCGAGUACGUGUGGGCUAUCGUCUUCUACCUCCUCCGAUCCGGCCACGUGAACGAGGCGGCCAAGUACGUCAAUGACAACAGCAAUCACUUCCGAGGCAUCGACCGCACAUUUUCUACGUACCUCAACAAUUACGCAGCCAGCGAGGAUCGUAGAAUCACUAACAGGAAGCUGCUUGAUCGCUGCACGAACGAAUACAUCCAGCGGUCCCGCAACGCGCCGGAGAACACAAUCGAUCCCUUCCGCAUGGCCUGCUACAAGGUCAUUGGUCGAAUCGAGCUCAACAACCGCAAUCUGGACGGCCUCAACACGGAUAUCAACGACUGGAUCUGGCUUCAGUUCAACUUGGCCCGAGAGGGCGACAAGGCGCUGGAGAUGGCUGGAGAAUCGUACGGACUGGCGGAUCUACAGGCCAGCAUCAGGGAGAUUGGCCAGAAGCAUUUCCCCAAGUCUCCGUCUGACGAUAACAACGGCAGCUGCGGCAUGUACUUUUACCUCCAGAUCCUGUCGGGCAUGUUCGAGGACGCCAUCGCCUACCUCUACCCCUUUUCGUACGUGGACGCGGUGCACUUUGGCUUGGCUCUCGAGUUUUACGGUCUGCUGCGUCCCAGCGACCCAAUGACUGCCUCCAACGACUUGCGCACACACAGCAUCAAGGGCCUUCCGCAGAUCAACUUUGGUCGCAUGAUUGGGUACUACACCCGCGACUUCCGGGCCGCGGAUGUUGUCUCUGCCGUUGAUUACCUCACGCUGAUCUGCCUCAACGCUGAUCUCGAGGGAGAAGCCGGGGCUCGUCACAGCGGCCUCUGCCACGAGGCAUUGCGGGAGCUGGUGCUGGAGACGCGAGAAUUCAGCAAGCUCAUUGGCGAUAUUAGACCGGAUGGCCGCCGCAUCUUGGGCGUCAUCGAGGGUCGCGGUCCGCUGAUUGGCCUUGAUGGCCAGGAUGACUUUGUCAACACCGUCACCCUGCAGGCCGCCAGCUUUGCCGAUGAGAGCGGUCGGACUACUGACUCGGUGCUGCUGUAUCACCUCGCUGGCGAAUAUGAUGCGGUUGUGGCCAUUGUUAGCCGUGCUCUCAGCGAGGCCAUCUCUCUGGAGAUUGGGGAAGACCCAAUGCGCCUGAUGCCCGUUAAGCCAAGGGCUGGCGCUGGCCAGGAGGCGGAGCAAGGUAGCAGCCUGAGCCUGGCAGCCAUUGACGACCCCGUCGAGUUAGCCAAGACGAUGAUGACCAUGUAUGAGCGGGACGCCAUGUUCUACAGGAAUAUCCAGGACCAGAACAAGGUUGCAUGCCGCGUCCUGCUCGAGAUGAGUGAUAUUAAGAGCUUGGUGGAGGCCAGCCAAUGGGCUCAAUGCCUCGACAAAAUCCGCGGCUUGGACAUUCUGCCCCUCGAAGCAGGCGGCGAUGCCAGCACAAUCCGUGCCUAUGCCUCGAAAUUCUCCAGCCUCUCACAACCAGUGUCUAUUAAUGUGCCCAAUCUGAUCAUGUGGACCAUCAUCAGCUGCGUCAGGCAACGAGAGCAGCUGGUCAACGGGCAGUUUAGCGGCAACGAGGGCACCCGGAAGAUGAUGGUGGAGCAGUUGAAGCAGAUGAUUCUUGACCUGACAACGUACACGAGCCAGCUGCGAUAUCGGUUCCCGCCGCAUCUGCACGAGGCCUUGGCGAGGGCGUCUGCGGAGUGA